AUGAUGAUCUUCUUGUCAUUACUUCUAUACUGUACUCUCACACUAGCCAAUCUCGCUCACUUUGACAACAACCAACAUUCGCAAGUUUGUGCUGGUGUCUAUUCAAAAAAGGACUGGGGAGGAUCGAUAAAGCCCCACAUUGGAUUAUCAUUAAAACAAUACCAGGAUCAUAAGUACGAUUCUAAGCAUAAAGAUGCCGAAUACGAUGAUAUAUCAGUAAGUUACAUCAUUUUCGAAUACAAGGAUCUUACCAAUAUUGGAGUAUAUCUCGGUGAAGGGCGAUAUAAAUUCAUUUGUGAUGAUUAUGCCGUUGACGAUUUGAAAAUCUGCACUAAGGAGCAAUUGGGUCAAUUUAUUGUCAAUGCCAAUUCCACCAACUCGACCAUCUUGGCUUCGCAAUUGCAUCAAUUGGGCAAUGCCAAUAUCAAUUAUCCCAUCAAUCGUACUGGUUAUUAUUGUAUUUCGACAUUUUCUCCUCUGGGCAAUAACAUCAAGUAUCAAGGGACUAUAAACUUCCAAAAUGCGUUUGGUCAAUUAAAUGCUAGUGAAAUACCGAAAUUACCCGCAUAUGGAAUCUUGACCUUGUGUUAUGCUAUUGCUUUGGCAUUAUUUGGAUUCCAGUUUUUCAAAAAGAGAAAAGAAAAUCAAAUCUUGCCAUUGCAACGAUACUUGUUGGCAAUGUUGGGAUUUUUAACUUUCGACACAUUGGUUAUAUGGUCGUACUAUGAUUAUAUCAAUCGAGUUUCUAACCCCAACAAUGGUUUUGGAAUUUUCUACAUGAUCUUCAUGGCCAUUUUAAAUGCCGUCAAGAUUACAUUUGCGUUUUUCCUUUUGCUUUGUAUUGCCUUGGGUUAUGGUGUGGUGAAGUUGAAACUAAACAAGAGAACUAUGCUUUAUUGCAAGAUUCUUGCUGGGUUCAAUUUUGUAUCGUCAUUGACUUAUUUAAUUUUCAAUUAUGUAAGUGGAUCAUCAACGGCAUUGGUAAAUAGUGACAGUAUCGAUAGUGGAGAUGCUGGUGAUUUCUUGGGCUUGUUACCAUUGAUCCCCAUAUCUAUCGUGUUGUCGAUUUACUACGUGACGAUAUUAACAUCCAUUCGUAAAACAACCCAAUCAUUGCACCAACAACGUCAAAUUAUCAAGCUUCAAUUGUAUCAAAAUUUGUUCAGAAUCAUCUUUUCAGCCAUUAUAGCAACAUUCCUUGGAUUAACAUUAAGUUCGUUUAUUUAUUUGUCAAUGUCAACGACUGAAAUGUUUGAACAACACUGGAAGAGUUCAUUUUUCAUUUUUGAUUUUUGGCCAAGUGUCGUGUUUUUCAUUGUGUUUUUGAUAAUCGCUUGGUUAUGGCGUCCAACAGAAACAAGUUACAUGUUGGCAGUAUCACAACAAUUGUCCACUGGUGGUGGCGAUGAAGAUGAUCCAAACUUUGACCCUGAAAACCCCAACUACCAAGGUCCAGGAGGAACCGAAUUUGAAUUGGACGAUUUAUCGUUAAUGAGUCACGAUGAGGAAGACGAUAACGAUGGUGACUUAAACAAUAAUGGGGGAAACUCGAGGAGAAAUGUUGAUAGAGAUAGUUUUGAAAUUGAGGAUGACCAUCAGCUGCUGCCAAAAAUUUCAAUUAGUAAGAAGUCAACUGAUCAGGCAUCCUCAUCGACAGCACCACCUGGAUACGAAGAAGCUAAUCACAGGCGUAGUCAAGAUGGUGGGGCAACAUUGUUUGACUUGGGUGAGGAAGAUGACGAUGAUGAUGCCGAUGACGAAAAUGCAGGCGAAGAUAAUAGAUUAAAGAAGAACGAUUAG